AUGAGGUGCUUAGCCUGGAACUGCCGAGGUCUUCAUAGGACUUCGGCUGAAAGGACCCUUCGAGGGAUAAUCCUUGAUUGUGAUGCGGACUUAAUUUUUCUCUCAGAAACUAAGGUUGGAUCGGAAUUAAUGAUAAAUAUAACAAGGAGAUUGGGCUUUGCUAAUGUUGUGUGCAUACUAGCUGACGGGAUUGCUGGUGGAUUCUGUGUAGCUUGGCGAAAUGGAGUGGAGUGCAAUGUCUCGCAAGUGUUCGAAUCUGGAUUCCAUUUGGUGCUUAAGGAGGGUUUGGGUAACGGUAACUGGAGUUUAUUCUGCAUCUAUGGCACGCCAUACCAUUCUAAGAAGAGGGAUAUUUGGCAGGGACUCACGGAGAAGGUGGAAGACUGUAAUCAGCCCUGGGCGUUGCUGGGAGAUUUGAAUGUUAUCCUUGACCCUUCCGAGAAGAUUGGUGGAAGGCCGUUUGACGCGAGGGAGGGUCGUUUUCUUGCCUCCUUCCUGUUUAACACGGGUGGAAUCGAUCUUGGUUGUGGAGGAGAUGUCUGUACUUGGCAGAACUCGAGGCGGGCGGAAAAUAGAGUUCGAAAAAGAUUGGACAGAGUGAUUGCAAAUGCUAUCUGGUGCACUCUGUACCCCAGGGCGUUUGUGCAAUCUUACCCUAUUCUUGGUUCGGACCAUGCCCCCUUAUUUCUUAAUUCUUGGGGGGCUCCCCCAAAGUUGAAAUUCCCUUUUCGUUUCCUUGAAGUUUGGACUUCCAAUUCGGACUGUGAAAAGGUGAUUACCAAGGCUUGGCGUUCUUCGGUCAGUGAUCAGAGUGAGGGCAAUUUACAGAGGAAGUUUACUGUGACAAAGAAUGACCUUAAGAGAUGGAAUGCUGAGGUUUUCGGGUUUUGUGACAAGAAGCUGAGAAUUUUACGUACGCAGUUGAGUCAUAUCCAAAAAGAGACCAUUUUGAAAGAAUCUGUGGAGCGUGAAGCGGAAGUUCAAUUGGAGAUACUUGAUCUUGAAGAGAAGAUGGGCAGAAUUUGGAGACAAAAGUCGCAUGAAAACUGGCUCAGAUUUGGGGAUAGCAACUCAAAGUUUUUCCAUGCCUCAACCAUUAUUCGUAGCAGACGAAAUCACAUUGGGGGAGUGCUUGACGACUCAGGGGAGUGGCUGAAACAGAGAAAGGAAAUCAGAGAUUACUUUUUGGAGCAUUUCAGAGAUUUGUAUGGGUCGGAAAAUCCGGAGAUUGAUCCUGAAUUGGAUUCGCUGUUUGUUGAUAAGGUUACGGUGGAGGAAAAUGAUUCAAUUACUAGAAUUCCGGAGGAAUCGGAAAUCAAAGAGGUUGUCUUUAAGCUGCACCCGCUAAAGUCCCCUGGUCCCGACGGUUAUUCUGGUAUUUUCUUUUAG